CAUAUUGCCCGACACGUAGCAGCCAACUGGCUCGGGACGACCUUGUCACCCACCCUUUAUGAAGAGAAAUAGGGCCGGUAGAAGGUCAGUCGUCUUAGGCCAGUCUUCACUCAGCAUUGAAUGGCAAUAUGAGGCUGCUCAACGUGAGAACAUAUCGGCUGAAGGAAUACUUCGAUAGUGACAUCCCCGAUUAUGCGAUUCUAUCCCAUACUUGGGGGAAGAAUGAAGUGACUUUGCAGGAUAUCCAGGUGUUCGCAAGGUCCGGGUACCAGGGUCAGGUCACAGACAAGGAAGGGUUCUGCAAAAUCAAGUAUGCUUGUCAACAAGCGGCCAGGGACAACCUGGAGUAUGUCUGGAUCGAUACCUGCUGUAUCGACAAAAGCAGCAGUGUUGAACUUUCAGAAGCCGUCAACUCCAUGUACCAGUGGUACCUACGGUCGAGCAAAUGCUACGUGUAUCUGGCCGACGUCCCAGCAGAUCAUCCGGAGGUUGUGCCCGAUGAGAAAGUCAGAAAGGUCAGUGUUGGCGGCAGAUCAACUAUAUCUGUCAAAGGGCGCAGCUCCGGUAACUCGGACACGGUAAUGGAUGGCCCUUUUUCAAGAUGCCGCUGGUUCACACGAGGAUGGACAUUGCCAGAGCUGAUCGCGCCCAGUGACCUGGCCUUUUACGGGUCCGGCUGGAACUUCCUUGGUACCAAACGAUCACUAUCGACCCUGAUCUAUGUCAUUACUGGGAUAGAUCAACGAGUUCUACAGGAUAUCACAGAGAACAAGGAGUCCUUACGAUCGAUUUGCGUCGCACAGAAAAUGUCAUGGGCAGCUACGAGGCGAACGUCCAGGAUGGAGGAUGCGGCAUACUGUCUUCUCGGCCUUUUCAGCGUCCACAUGCCUAUUCUAUAUGGUGAAGGCAAUGCGGCAUUUAUCAGGCUCCAAGAAGAGAUUAUUAGGACGUCAGAUGAUCAGACCCUUUUUGCGUGGAACUAUUGUGACAUUGAGAGCGAGCGACAAUAUACAGUCCUGGCUCCCUCUCCCUCCUGCUUUCUCAAGAACGCCGUGCAGUGGUCAUGUCCCCGAAGCACCGGACCCUAUUCAAUGACCAACCGAGGCCUCCACAUCUCACUUCCAGUCAUAGAUCAAGCCGGACACGGGAAGGCUUGCCUCGCCCUUUUGGAUUGCCACUACGAAAAUGAUGUCACAGGCAUAUUGGCCCUUCCACUGGCUCCAAGGCCGGACAGGACCUAUGACCUUGCUAAUGACACUUCGCGCGGACGGGUGGUGCGAGUAGACUUGGGAAUGGAGGCAAUCGCCACGGCUCGUGAUCUCUAUAUCAGGUUACAGCCCAGUGUCCCUGAACCUCGCCCAGGACUCACAUGUCGAUUCAAUCUCGAUCGAGGAGAUACAGCAGCGCUGUCUUUCAGCAUCGAGGACUUCUAUCCGUCACGGGUCUGGGAUACAGAAAGCUGCACCUUACGGCUGACUGGCAAGGACUCGUCCUCUUUUGAAACCUGGGCAGCUGUCAAGUUGAGAAAUCCGUCCGGCAAACCUGUCGGUGUGGUAUUUCACUUAUCACCGCGAAGGCUCGACAGUACCCCAUUUGACGUGCAGAACUGGAUCUAUUUGCAGUCAAUGGAGCACGAUGCGAGCCUUGCACAAAUUGUGGAUCAGGUCAUCCGUGGCUGUUCAUCGGGCUCAGCCUACGAAUACGGAGGUCACGGAUCUUACACCUUUACUUUCAGCCGGCGAUAUACUAUAGUUGCCACCAACACACUUGUCGAUGGCCCGAUCCCGGAGGCCUAUGUCGAUGUGGCAGUGAUGGAUCGGCAAGCGAUAUGCAGUCUGCGACGCUUUUUUGACAGCAAGCCGAAACCAGCCAAUUCGUCGAAGGAACGAGUCAAAGGGAACUAUGUCUGAACCACAACUGUGUAUUAUUCACUGUGUAAGCGAGAACGGUGUACUAAGUGAUCCGACUCACUUGAAGAGCCUGCGAGAUGCUCUCGUGCGAUUUACAGCAUAGUAUGGUGGCUGCUGAGCCUCGGCCUAGACAAUAGGGAUGGAAGUAGGCGCUUGGUUUAAUGGUUUGUUCUGCCUUUAUUGCUUUGUCGCACGUCUCUGAGCCAAUAUAAC